AGGAGGAGGGAGAACGAGGGAGAGAGGAUCGCUUCGUAUAAAAGCCAGCGAAGGCUUGACGAAGAUUUCUUUUUCAAGUGUGGGGAUAGGAAGAGGAAGCGCGAGAGGCAAGGAGAGUUUGUGUCUGUCUCUCGCCUUCCAGACACAGGAAAGUGCGGCCAUGGUGGACUCGAGCGAUUCGGUUUCAGUUGAUAUGGAGACGAUCUCUCUUGGUGGAAAGGAACAUAUUGUACAGACAGGCCAUGGUCCUGUGUCUGUUGUGGUGUUUGGCGACCAGGAUAAACCAGCACUUGUUACUUAUCCUGACUUAGCUCUAAAUCAUAUGUCCUGUUUCCAAGGAUUAUUCUUUUGUCCAGAAGCCGCUUCUUUGUUGCUUUACAACUUCUGCAUUUAUCAUAUUAGCCCUCCUGGGCAUCAGUUGGGUGCUGCUGCAAUUUCUUCAGACAUCCCUGUGCCUUCUGUUGAUGACUUAGCAGAUCAGGUUGCUGAUGUUCUCGACUUCUUUGGGCUUGGUGCAGUGAUGUGCAUGGGGGUCACAGCCGGGGCUUAUAUCCUUACACUAUUUGCGAUGAAAUAUAGGGAACGGGUCAUUGGUUUGAUACUUGUUUCUCCCCUAUGUAAAGCACCGUCUUGGACAGAAUGGUUGUAUAAUAAGUCUCAUCUGCAGGUGAUGAUAAACUUGCUCUACUUCUAUGGAAUGUGUAGCAUGAUGAAGGAAUACUUGCUUCAGCGGUACUUUAGCAAGGAAGUUCGAGGUAGUGGACAAGUCCCAGAAUCGGAUAUUGUGCUGGCAUGCAGAAGUUUGUUAGAUGAGAGGCAGAGUGCAAAUGUAUUGCGGCUUCUUGAGGCGAUUAGUGGGAGACGUGACAUUACUGAUGGAUUGAAGAAAUUACAGUGUCGAACGCUGUUAUUUGUGGGUGAAAACUCUCCUUUCCAUGCUGAAGCUCUCCAUAUGACCUCAAAAGUUGACAGAAGAUACAGUGCAUUGGUUGAGGUUCAGGCAUGUGGAUCGAUGGUGACGGAGGAGCAGCCCCAUGCAAUGUUGAUCCCAAUGGAGUACUUCUUCAUGGGAUAUGGGCUAUAUAGACCAAGCCAGUUCAGUGGCAGCCCCAGGAGUCCGUUGAGCCCAUCGUGCAUCUCACCAGAGCUGCUUUCGCCGGAAAGCAUGGGCUUGAAGCUGAAGCCCAUAAAGACACGGGUUUCAUUGCAAGUGUGACUGGCGUGCAGGGCGGGGAGUCGGGGACGAAGCUAGAUGUGUAAUUUUGACUCUUGUAAACGUUCAUACGCUUUAGUUGGGGCUCGGGGGAGUCCUUCGAUUGGUUGCCAACAAGGGAAAGAUGGCGAUGAUGAUAUGCGGUGGAAGCUGGGAUUAUUCUGGGGAGUGGGGAUGGUGUAGAUAGAGAGUAAAGAGAUUAAAGUACAAAACGAAAGUAUAGUGAGAGACCGAGUGAUUUGAUUCAUUCAUUUGUAGACCUGAAGUCAUUGAGAGCCGAGCAGCUGUAAAUCGUCUGUGGAUAAACUAUUUGUGCCUCUAUGAGAACAUUAUUGUAAUAAAAAAAAUAAAAUUACAUAAGAAAAGGGAAAUUGUGUUC